CUCUGACGCGUCAUGGGCUCAACCGGCGCCUCAUGAUGACGUGUUAUGUUGUGGCGGGUGUUUGAGUGAGUGAAGUCAGUCCGACAGAUUUCAGAUAGAUCACAGUUUACUGGAUCACAGACCGAGACAGGCAUUCAUUUAAGACUUGUUCCUGAGGGAGUGGAUCAGUCUGAGGUCACCGCGGGGCUCCGGACAGCAUGUCCUCGGUGGGGGGAUGGACUGCGAUCAGCUGGAGCUGAACCCUCGGAUCAGAGCCGCCCUGAGGAGAGCCGACCUGCGCACAGCCAGGGACGUGUUGUGUUCGGGUCAGGAUCUGCACACACUCGGUCUGUCCCGCUCAGAGGUCCAGCAGCUGCUCAGAGCCGCUGCAAAUGCCUGCAGACGACAACGUCCAAUCACAGCCCUGGCGCUUCGUGACGAACAGCCCUCUCUCAGACUCAGUUUGGGCUGCCCGGUGCUGGAUGAGCUGCUGAGGGGGGGUCUGCCUGUGGGGGGCGUCACUGAGCUGUCAGGAGAGAGUGGAGCAGGGAAGACUCAGCUGGCUCUGCAGCUCUGCCUGUCAGUACAAUACCCCGUCCAGCAGGGGGGGCUGGACUCAGGAGCCGUGUUUAUCAGCACUGAGGACACGUUCCCGAGUCGCCGCCUGCAGCAGCUGAUCAGAGAGCAGCCGAGUCUGCGCUCAGACGUCCCUCAAUCGUUGAUCGAUACCAUCGAGUUCAGCAACAACAUCUACAUCGAACACGCCGCAGACCUGGAGUCGCUGCAGGUGUGUGUGACCCGGCGCGUGCCCCUCCUCCUCACUAGGGGGAAGGCCCGCCUCCUGGUGGUCGACUCGGUGGCGGCCUUGUUCAGGUCAGAGUUCCAGGCGUCUGAUUGGCUGGAGAGACACAAACAGCUCAUCAGCUUCUCCUCCAAACUACAUCACCUGAGCCAAGAGCACAACACACCUGUGCUGUGUGUCAACCAGGUGACGGAUGUUUUCAGCGACUCAGACAACAGUUUGGGCCCUCAGUCCUCCAGCGUCUCACCUGCUCUAGGUUUGGCCUGGGCCAAUCAGGUGAUGGUUCGGCUGAUGAUGCGGCGUCUCCAAGGGACAGUUUCCCGUGGCGAACAGUGCAGCGCCCUCCGCAGGCUGGAGGUGGUGUUUGCUCCUCACCUGGCCCGGGACGGACGAGAUGCAGCCGUCUGGAGGGAGGGGGUCCGAGGAGUCCAGACCUGAAACCCACAGACCCUUUAAUGAGUGUAAAUAUGGAUCAAAGAGAUGUUUAUAAUAAAGUGAUACAGUAAAGCUUUUA